UAAAAAAUUAUCAUCUUGACUUAGCAGACAGCUUCCUCAUCUUGAUUAUGUGCAUAAUUCCAUGGUAUUAUGAUUUGAAAUAUGUGUAUAGAAAGCAUAGGGAAAACAUGAAAAGUAUCGGUAUGAAUAUUUUCAAAGUGGAAGUGUUGGCUGCCAUGGUAAUGAUAUUCCAUCUGGCGAUAUGUCCGUUUACCAAGGUGGAGGAGAGCUUCAACAUACAGGCCAUGCAUGAUAUACUGUACCAUGGUCUGGACAUCAAAUCUUAUGACCACCUGGUGUUUCCUGGAGUAGUGCCAAGAACGUUCCUGGGACCAAUCGCUGUGUCCAUUACAGUUGCACCACUGGUCUCCAUCGCUAACUUCCUGCAUAUCAGCAAAUUCUUCACCCAGUUUAUAGUAAGGUGCUGCUUAGGAGCUUUUGUGCUAUUUGGUGUCAGCAGUUUCGCUGAUGGAGUGUUUAAAAAAUUCGGCAGCAGUGUAAAGCAUUGGUUUUACUUUACAUUGGUGACCCAGUUUCACUUCAUGUUCUACAUAUCUAGGCCACUACCUAAUGUGUUUGCUCUUUCUCUUGUAAUGAUGGCAAUAGGGGCUUGGCUUAAACAACAACACAGUCGGUUUAUCUGGUACUCAGCUGUUGCCAUUUUGAUAUUCCGUGCCGAGCUUGCUCUGUACCUUGGUCUUGUGUUACUGAUGGAGGUUGUAGCUGGAAGGCUGUCACUAGUUUCCUUGUUUAAACAUGCUGUUCCUGCUGGUGUCCUUUGUAUUAGUUUAACAGUUCUGGUGGACUCGUUCUUCUGGCAGCGAUGGUUAUGGCCAGAAGGAGAGGUACUUUGGUACAAUAUAAUUCUAAACAAGAGUGCCAACUGGGGCACGGAGCCGUUCCUAUGGUAUUUUUACUCUGCCCUGCCCCGUGCUCUGGCCUUUAGUGUGUUCCUAGUGCCCCUGGGACUGUAUUUCUCUCCAAGGCUGAGGCCACUGAUCCUUCCUGCAGUGGGCUUCGUCCUUCUUUACUCCAUCCUGCCUCAUAAGGAGUUACGUUUCAUCAUCUACGUCUUCCCAGUGUUCAAUGUUGCUGUAGCUUUGGCUUUGUCCCGUUUAUGGAUGAAUAGUUCCAAGUCAACCGUCCAGAAAUUGAUAGCGUUUGGGGCUAUCCUUCACCUCCUGGCUAACCUUUCCUUGACAGCAGCGUUCCUCUACAUUUCCAGACACAACUACCCUGGGGGUGUGGCUAUGAGAUACUUCCAUCAAAUCACUCCACCACACAACAAGGAACAUGUUCACAUUGAUGUGGCUACAGCUCAGACAGGAGUGACCAGGUUUACUCAGCUCAACAAUAACUGGAUUUACAACAAAACUGAAGACUUGUACCCUGGAGGCCAUGAGAUGAUGUCAUAUACACAUCUGUUUGUGGGUGCCAGCAGUGUAAACGACAAGGCUCUUCGUCCAUACAAAAGCACACACACUGUUGAACUUGAGGUACACGGAUUUGAUGGAAUCAGUCUUGGCAAAAAACCUUCUGCACCGUUCAGUUUAAAAAUGUCACCAAAGAUUUAUGUUUUAAAAAAGAAACUAAAAUAAAGAAUUUUCUUUUUUUUAUA